GUCAUUUUCUCCUCUCCUUUGUAAGAAACAUCCCGAAAUUCAAAAGCAGAAUCACUCUUCACACCUCUCUCUCUCUCUCUCGCUCCUUCGCUUCCCAUAAUGCCGAUUCCGUAGUCGAAGAUCAAUAAGAAACCCUUUGGAAGAACUAGAAAAAAUGGCGGCGGCUUUGUUCUUGCGGCGUUCGCUCUUUGCGUCAUUCCUCUGCUUUGCUCUCCUCUUCGGCGUCUCUCUCGCUGCGGACCCUUUCGUAUUCUACGACUUCAAAUUUUCUUAUAUCACCGCUUCUCCUCUCGGCGUUCCUCAGCAGGUUAUAGCCGUCAACAAGGGGUUUCCAGGUCCUGUGCUCAAUGCGACUACCAACUACAAUGUUGUUGUUAACGUGUUAAAUGAAUUGGAUGAGCCUCUCCUCCUGACUUGGUCUGGAAUCGAAAUGCGGCGGGACUCAUGGCAGGACGGUGUUCUUGGCACAAACUGUCCCAUUCCUUCGAAAUGGAACUUCACUUACCAAUUUCAAGUGAAAGAUCAGAUUGGAAGCUAUUUCUACUUCCCCUCACUCAACCUCCAGAGGGCAUCUGGGGGUUUUGGUCCAAUCAUCGUCAAUAACAGAGACAUUAUUCCUAUUCCAUUCCCGCAACCUGAUGGUGAAAUCAUCCUUAUUAUCGGUGACUGGUACACCCAGAACCAUACGGCAUUAAGAAAAACACUUGACUCUGGGAAAGAACUCGGGAUGCCUGAUGGAGUCCUCAUUAAUGGGAAGGGUCCUUUCAAGUACAACAGUAGUGUUCCUGACGGAAUUGAAUAUGAAACAGUUCAUGUUGAUCCAGGAAAAACAUACAGAAUUCGUGUUCACAAUGUCGGUGUCUCCACAAGCUUGAACUUCAGGAUUCAGGAACACAAACUCCUUUUGGUGGAAGCUGAGGGUCACUAUACCUCACAGGCAAACUUCACAGACUUUGAUAUUCAUGUUGGACAGUCAUAUUCUUUCUUGGUCACCAUGGACCAGAACGCCACAAGUGAUUACUACAUAGUGGCAAGUGCAAGGUUUGUGAAUGAAACAGUGUGGCAAAGAGUCACGGGUGUUGCCAUUCUCCAUUAUUCCAACUCCAAGGGACCUGCUUCUGGUCCACUCCCGGCUCCAACAACCGAUGUCUCGAACCAGUGGUCAGCCAUGAACCAACCAAGGGCAAUCAGGCAAAAUACAUCUGCCAGUGGAGCUCGUCCAAAUCCACAGGGUUCAUUUCAUUAUGGCCAGAUAAACAUAACCCAUACAUACAUCUUGAGGAGUUUACCUCCAACAACGAUCAAUGGAUCUCUCCGCGCUACGCUUAAUGGAAUUUCGUUUGUCUACCCAAGCACACCCGUGAGGCUUGCAGAUCGAUUCAAAGUGAAAGGAGCUUACAAGCUGGAUUUUCCUGACGAGCCUCUUGAUAGACCACCACGUUUGGACAGGUCCAUAAUCAAUGCAACAUACAAGGGCUUCAUAGAAGUUAUUUUUCAAAACAACGACACCAAAGUCCAGAGUUUCCAUGUCAACGGUUAUUCAUUUUUUGUCGUUGGAAUGGACUUUGGUAUUUGGUCUGAAGACAAACGAGGUUCCUACAACAACUGGGAUGCCAUUUCGAGAAGCACUGUCGAGGUUUACCCGGGAGCAUGGACUGCUGUCCUAAUCUCCCUUGAUAACGUAGGAGUCUGGAACAUCCGAGUGGAGAAUCUGGACCGAUGGUAUCUUGGCCAAGAAACAUAUAUGCGAAUCAUAAACCCCGAGGAAAAUGGCAAGACAGAGAUGGAUCCUCCUGACAACGUUCUCUACUGUGGCGCCCUUAAGAGCAUGCAGAAGGAACAACGCCACUCUGCUGCAACAUCGAUACUAAAUGGGCAUUUGAAGCUUAGUUUCUUCAGCAUGCUAAUGGCGGUGCUUGUCUCAGUUUUCACCUUAUGAUUAAGCAAAAUUACAUCAUUGUGUCCAUUGAUCUGUCAAGAAAAAAGAAAAAAAAGCAUGCCCUGGUUCUUCUGUAGAUGGAAAGUUGCAAGACUGUUGGGUUCAUUUCCUUUAUGUUUCAUUUGAGUUUUAGGUGGUCACAAGUUCUUCUUAGGCUUAGAUCUCCUUUUUCUUGUUAAAAACUUCAUUCCGUUUAUUAAAAUUCAAAAACCCAACUGUAAUCAAAGUCUUGUUUCCUACAAUGUUUCAUUGUCGAAC